AUGAACACCAGUUGUUCGACAAAAUACUUCGGGGAUAACUGCGAAUAUCAGUGUCACUGUAAUGGGGAUGAAGAUUGCAGCCAAGACGGGUCUUGCCCAAAUGGAUGUGCCAGUGGAUGGGAUGGGGAGUAUUGUCAGCGCGGUAAUGUUGCUGCAGGAAAGUCUUCAGACGCAUCACAGGGAACGACCAAUGGCACGCAUUACGCCUCUUUGGCUCUGGAUGGUUAUACGAAUCAGGCGUUUUCAAGAUGCAGUCAUACAAACCAACGCGAACAUUGGUGGCAGGUGGAUCUAGGGAGGAACUAUGUCCUAUUUACAGUGACAAUAUGGACAAUGGCUGAAAGUGAGUGCAAGAAUACUACGAUAGGUGCAGAAUACAGGGGAACACAGAGCACGACGUUGAUGGGUUUCACCUGUGCGGAUUGGCUUGUAUACAACGGCUACUAUACGCCGGCUGACUCCUACAAUUACUGUCGGAACCCAGACGAUGCCGCUCGUGGACCUUGGUGCUAUAUUACAGCCACACACACAUAUCACUAUGAUUACUGCUUUAUUCCAUACUGUAAAAACAAACUGACGAAUUUUAAGAUCUUGAUAGAUGAAAAUCUCUGCCAUCAUGAAACUGGAACAGUACAGUUUAGUCGAGCACAAGAAAUUAAAUGUGACACGACGGGUCCUGUUGUUGGAAGACGCCUGAAGAUCCAACGAAUGGAACCAUCGUCUUCUCUAACAUUGUGCGAAGUGAGCGUACAGGCUUCCAAUUUAGAGGUUCGUGUCAGCAAGGUCACGUAA